AUGACUUUUGUCGGAAAAAUCCUCCUCCUAUCACUCUUCUAUCAUUUGGCCGUUUUCCUUUGUGCCUGCUCCGUCUGUGCAUCGGUCUACUUGAACGUCGACAACGUGGAGGAGAGAGUUCGCAAUGCUCGUAUGCGGGAAUCGAGGAAGGCCGCCAGACGGCAUACUCUCAUCCUUUUCUUCGCAAUAUGGUCAUUGUUGGAGUACACGCUUCGAGAAGACAUUCGAAGCGAUCAGUAA